AUGCAUGGCAAAGCAGCGCAUACGCCCGGCCUUAAUGCCGCCGCAUUUGCGUUUCAACCGCGCAACCAAGCUGAUGCAGCGCUGAGCGAGUCGGACGACGACGAAUUUUCGCCGUUUUCAGCGCGUGCAUCGGCGCCACAGAUGCCGAUGGCCACGCCCCCAGACCCUCUUGCCGAAACGCAGUUGGCGAGCAGCGACUUUACCUGUGAAGAAAUCGAGACGCUCAAUGCAGCACAGUCCGAGACGCCUUUCGAUACGUUUUGCGCCACGUAUCUCUCGCAGCACAUGCACGAAUUCACGACGCAGGAAUCGCUGCGCGAUGCGCCGCGCAAAGUGCACGAGGCGCUCGAGCGACACCACUACGAUGUUGAGGCCACCGUACGCUCGCUCCAAGCAGUGGAUGUUGGCGAGUCUACGCACAGCGCGCCAGCCAAUGCAGCUGAAGGCGCGCGCGUGUGCCGCUACUUUCUCGCCGGCGAGUGCCGCCGCUCCGACUGCCGCUUCUCGCACGACCUGAACAAAGCACUGUGUCGCUUCUGGCUGCGUGAGCAGUGCUUGAACGAUCCAUGCUUAUUCUUGCACGAUUUCGACGCUUUCACUGCGCUGGUAGCGAGCAUGUCGAUCAAGCCAGCGCCGGAGCAGCCCGCCAAGGUCGUUGUCCCGAACGCCGAGCGGCGGCGCCUCGAUCCAUCCGAAACGCGCUGGGCUGCAGCGGCACAGCAAGCGCCAAGGACAGGGCGAGCUGUGCAGAAAAAGACUCUCGAAAAGCCGGCGCCUUUUGUGCCGCGCGCGUCGGCACGCAUUGCGCUGCGCCCGCCGACGCUGCUGCCCACCUUGUCGACGGGCACAAAGCUUGCCGCAGAUAUGGGCAAAGCGCGCGCCGCGCUCCAGCAGAAUGGCAAGGUCGACGAGCAAAGUUGGGCGACGAUCGAGGCGCUUGUGCGCGCGCGGCACCGACCGAUCCGCGAGCAACUGCUCGCCGCGGCCGGCGAUCUUGGCGGCUGGGGCGGCAGUGCGCAAGCGAGUGAUGAGCCGGGCGCACAGAGAACUCGGGGGCGCUGGGCAGGCGCGAAUCUAGGCCUCUGCCUGGGCGUAGCGCGCCAAGCGAAUCUAGGCAAGUAUGCAAAGCACGCGCUCUCCAUGGACGAGCGCACCGAAGCGUUUCUCGAUAUGCACGGCUUGCAUGGCGCGCAGGCUGUGCAGGCGUGCGAGCAUUUCCUGCUAGGACUCGAGUCAGAGUCUUUCCGAGGCCUGGCGUACCUCGGUGUGGGCGUCGGAAAGCACGCAGGGGCGAAUGUGGGCAAGGGAAAGGUGGCAACGCAAGUGCGUGCGUUCCUGCAGGAAUGGGGCUACCCUUUUACCGAGUAUGACGGUGUGCUUGUGUGUGAUCCAAACACGCACCUGUAG